UGUGAUCCCCAUUUCAUUUUGCAAAGUGCAAACUGAAGAAGGCGGCGAAGAGGUCGGGAGGCUCGGGAGGGAAAAAAAUUAAACGCCGGGAUCAAAGUAAAGUAGAAUAAUGGGGUGGUUCAGGUUCUCCAAUCUCGGCUCCAUCUAUAAACCCUACGUCUCAAGGAUCUCUUCCUGUUCAUCUCAACACACGAGAAAGGGCUCCAAUUAUUUCUACAUUUCCUUCGAUUCUCAUCUGCAAGACGAUCAUCAUCAUCCUUAUUACAAGGUCCCCAGGAGAUGGCAUGUUGGCCAUUCCCAUCAUCGGUCGGGAGAGGAGGGAAAGAACAUAUUUAAACUGGGUCUUGCUGCUGACAUUGCUCUUGCUUCCGGCAAAGCCUUCACUGGAUACUUAACCGGCAGCACUGCUAUUAUCGCCGACGCCGCCCAUUCUAUCUCCGAUGUCGUCCUUAGUGGCAUUGCUUUGUGGUCAUUUCAGGCUUCGAGGGCUCCUAAGGAUAAAGAACACCCAUAUGGACAUGGAAAAUUUGAGACUCUAGGGGCUCUUGGAAUUUCUUGUAUGCUUUUGGCUACAGCUGGGGGCAUUGCAUGGCAUGCUUUAGAUAUUUUGCAAGGAUUACUGAUGUCGACCUCUGAAAUGGUUAAUCAUUCUUCAGUACAUGAGCAUGGUAGCCAUCACCAUGGAAUUGGCAUGGAGCACCCAAUCCUGGCUUUGAAUAUGACCAUUGUGUCAAUCGCUGUCAAAGAAGGUCUCUUUUGGGUAACAAAAAGAGCUGGGGAAAAGCAAGGAAGUGGACUAAUGAAAGCAAAUGCAUGGCAUCAUCGUGCUGAUGCUGUCUCAUCAGUAGUUGCUCUCAUUGGGGUUGGAGGUUCUAUUCUAGGUGUGAAGUUUCUAGAUCCUCUUGCAGGGCUCAUUGUCUCAGGGAUGAUCCUAAAAGUUGGAGUUGAAACCGGCUACCAGAGUGUCAUGGAACUGGUGGAUGCUGGAGUUGAGACGCAUCUUUUAGAUCUUUUUAAACAAACAAUACUCCAAGUUGAGGGGGUCAGGGGAUGCCACCGCUUGAGGGGAAGGAAGGCUGGAUCUUCUAUAUAUCUUGAUGUACACAUUGAGGUUGAUCCGUUUUUGAGUGUGAGUGCCGCACAUGAGAUUGGUGAAAAUGUUCGUCGUCAAAUCCAGAGAUCCCAUACUGAGGUAGCUGAAGUCUUCAUACACAUAGAUCCUGCGAUUUCACAAUUUUCUCCCAGUACAACAGACCUAUCGGAAAAUGCAAAGGGUAUGGAUCCCGUGAAUUUGAAUGUCUGUUCCAAGAAUAAUGAUGUUGAAGCUGUUGUAUCUGACAUUCUCGCAUCUAAGUUUUCAGAGAAGAUGGUUGUUGAGCACAUAACACGCCACUCAAUACAAGGCAAAAUUUUACUCCAGGUUGAGGUCUCCAUGCCUCAUGAGAUGUUGAUCAGGGGUGCAAUUGAUGUGGCAAAAAAAGCAGAAAAAGAAAUUUUGAAGGCAGCCCCUACUAAUGUAAACCAAGUGAACAUCCUAUUGAGGUUGGGGCAUCCAAUAGCACCACCAAUAGGUCGUGGGUAA